AAGCCAUUGCUGAUCCAACUCUGCAAGUGGAUCCUGUUCAGGUUCAGUCUGAAUUAGCAGUCCAACAAGAAGUGUUGAAGAAAAUGCAGAAACAAGUCGAAGUAUACCAUAGUCAAGGUAAAACUGAGGCAGCUGUAAGACUAGAGGACCAAGUGACUCAUCUCUUGAAAAAGUAUGAGGAGAUUGAAAUGAAGCUACGCUUGGUACAGAAACCAAGUGACUUUGAUGAACGCUUAGAAAAUGUUUCCAAACAGUUGAAAGACAUUCAUGAAAAAGUGCACCUCACCUCUGUUGGAUCAGGAAACCCAGAUGUAAUACAGGAACAGCUAAAUCAGUGCAUGCUUGGUGGUGCUGUCACAGAGCAAAGAGGAACUCUUGAAAGGACACUACGCCAUAGUCGUAAAGUGCAGAAAGAUGCUGGUCAUUUAGAAGAAUGGCUGACAACCACUGAGAGUGAGCUUGAUCAGAGGGAGGCUACAGUUCCUACAAAAUGCAUACAAGCAGAAUUACAUUUUGCACAGCAUGCAAUUGAUGACCUUGGGCGCAAGAAGCCCUUGCUGACAGGUCUGCACGAGUCCUAUGCAGCCCUUACCUCUGUGUGUGAUGACUCAACAGUUCUGCAACCUGUUAAAGAGCAAGUUGAUGACAUUGCUCUAACUUGGGGGAGAGUCAGCACUAGGCUGACAAACAGGCUUAAGAAUAUGCAGCUGAAAAGUAUGGUGUAA